AUGGUGGAUAUGGGAGACAAUCUAGCUUUGUUCAUGGAGCUACAGACUUUUGGCAAUAAGGCAUUGAGAAACCUGGCAUAUUCUCAUGUGGUUCAUAGCAUUAAGAGAAUGAAUCAGAAACAUAAGAAUGAAGUGAAGAAUCGGGCACUUCAGAAUGUCUUGUUUGAGAUGCUUCGGAAGGAUGAAACAAAAGCGAAGAGGGCGCUUAUCACGCUACGAGAGCUUCACCAGAGAAAGUUGUGGUUCGAUGAAAGAACAGCCAAUGCAAUUUGUACUGCAUGCUUUCAUCCAUCGUCAAGGAUAAUGAUUGCUUGCCUCUCAUUUCUGCUGGAUUACGAGAAGUUUGAAGAUGAUGAUAGUGAUGCAUCAAGUAGCGAAGAUGAAGCUCCUCACACACCUCAAAUAGUCCUUAGUAGAGAGUCUAUUUAUAAGGCACACCAUCAAGGUACAAUUGCUAGCAAGAAGAAAAAGAAAGCAAAACUACAGCGUGCCAUGCGCAGUUUGUCUGAUUUUAUCAUCUAG